GGCGCGAGCACGGAGCUCCUGCUCGGAUGGCGGCGCAAUGGAGCACCGCGGCGAGCCUGGACUGGUGGGUUGCCCCCUGGCGCCUCAGCUCGCCGCUGCCGCCACCGGCCGUGCGGGCGAGGAGCACGGGCAGGAUCGGCUGCGCGUCCGUGCCAAGGGAGCUCGCCGCGGCCGCAGAGGCGGAGGCGGAGCAGGCCGCGCCGCCGGUGGUCGUCGACGACACUGUGGAAGAAGGUGUAGCCUGCGAAGCGUGCGGCGGCGCGGGGUGGCUGCUCUGCGACUUCUGCGAGGGGAAGAACAACAACGUCAAGUCCGAGGGCAGCCGGGUGUACCGCCGCUGCCCGACCUGCAAAGCCGUGCGGGAUUCAUCCUGUGCCCGAGAUGCAGGGUGUACAAGUGCGUCACCUACCCGGAGAGCAACGAGUCAUGACGGGCCCUGACCAUCUGAAUUACGUUUUCUUUCCUUCUGAUGACUGCGUUGUGGAUCAUCUUUCAAGUAUACAGAUAUACAGCACACUCUGUAGUCUCACAUGCUCUGAAUCUGAAUGCCAGGUAAGUGCUGUUCGCAUAGCGUGGUCUUUUGAAAUUAUCAGUAUGCAGAACAUGGUAUGGUCUUUGGGAGCCGAAUGAUUCAUGCCCAUCUUUCUUAGUCCGUUUUACAGGCUUUGUUAGGGUCAUACAUGCGUACAGCCUGCCGCCUAGUGCUAAAUUCUCCAGAUGUUGCACUGCCGCCUAAUGCCACAUUCUUCAGAUGUUCUAACUUACAAUUUACCAUAACGCCACAAAUCUGCUUAAGAUUUGUUGUUCCGUCCAA